AUGGAGCAGCUCGAGACCGAGCCUGCUGCACCCGUUGCCGAUUCCGUUGCCGACGCCAUUGCUGAGCCUGCUACGACCGAUACCGCUACCGAUGCCGUUGCCGAGCCUGCUGCUACUACCGUGGCCGAUGCCGACGUGCUGGCCGACAUCCCUGCCCCUGCUGCUCCCGAUGACCAUCUGUCGGUCGAGUCGGACGUGAGCUCUUCCGACGACGACGACGAGCCCCAGCCCGAACCCGAGCCCGAGCCCCAGCCCGAGCCCGAGCCCGAGCCCGAGCCCGAGCCCGAGCUCCAGCCCGAGCCCAAGCAGGAAUGCCCUUCCCCUCCGCCACGCCGUGCCAACCCGCCGAUUCCGCCGGCACGUGCUGACUCGGACCCGGAGCCGGCAGAGGCCGAGACACCCGACACAUCGGCGCCCGACACAUCGGCGCCCGACACCGCUUUUCAAACCAUCCACGCGGCCAUGGCUCCGUCGGAAGAGGACCGCUGCCGGACGCUGGCGGUCGACGCCGAGCUGUCGUCGCUCAAGUCGAUUGAGUCGGUCUUCCAGGUCCGUGCCAUCUACGACUACCUUGCAGACUGGGUCAUGGAUGAAGAAGAGACGGUAGGCGGCCGUGCGGCGGUGGCCAAGUUUGUCAUGUCGUCGCUGCCGCGCCCGAUUCUUGCCCAAGUUUGGGACCGCGUCGAUACUGCACUCACGGGCGCCCUCGACCACGACCAGGUUCUCACCGCGCUCAAGCUCAUUGCCCUCAUCCAGCGCGGUGAAGGUGUGAUGACCUCGAUCCCACCGGGUUGGCACUCUGACCCUCCGGCAAACACUGUCGUGCUCCAGCCGCCGGUCUUCGACGGCGUCGAGUGGCCCGAGUUUGACGAGGACGAAGUCGUCGCCUACUUUACCGCCCUCGACGAGGCUGCCGCCGCCGCCGACGGCAACCCCUUUGUUCCUCCUGAGGAGUUGGUCAUUGCGCCGUCCAACGUGCCCGACGCACCUGCUGUGCCGCAGGGCGGCAUCCGCGACUCGAUGUUUGACGACACGGAGGGCAUGCUGUCUGCUUCUGGCUCCGAGGCCGACUUUGGCUCGACCUCUCCGACCUCUACUGCGCCGCCGAUGGCCACCCUUCCGUCGCGUUCGGCGUCCAAGGCCACCACUGCCACCGCAUCGAGCUCCAAGCCGUCCAAGGCUGCCCGAGUCGUUACUAUCUCGGCACCCGUGACCAAGGGCAAGGUCCGCAAACAUACCGAGUACCUGGUAACCACGAAGCCGCCAGACGUCUCAGUCCACCGUCGCUAUUCAGACUUUGUCUGGCUCCGCGAGCGGCUGGUCACCCUCUACCCGUAUCGCCUCGUCCCGCAGCUCCCUACCAAGCAGUUUGCUGGCCGCUUUGAGGAGCUCUUCAUCCAGAAUAGGAUGCGCGGCCUCGAAAAGUUCCUGCGCCUCCUCCUCGAGCGGUCAGACGUUUUCCGCUGGGAGCAUCUCGAGGGCUUCCUCACCUGUACCGAUGCCAAGGCUUUCGCCAAGCUCAAGAAGGAAAAGCUCGAGAAGCUUGACCAGGAGCUAGUCUUCAACCCCGCCGCCAAGCACGCCGUCGAGAAGCUUCCGCUUAGCUCGGAGAAGCAGGUUGCUGCCAUCGAGGAGCAGCUGGCCGUCUUCCGCACCCGCAUCGAACCGGUGGUCAUCGCCGCCGACGGCCUCGCUUCCAAGCGCUCUGAGCUUGCCACCGAGUGGGCCGGCUUUACCGACGCCUUUGGCGCGUGGGCCACUCCGCAGGGCGUCCCUCUCCUGUGGGCGCCCGACAACCAUCCGGUCAGCGACGUGGUUGGCGAGCUGACUGUCGCCGCCUCGCGCCUUGCCGACACCGCGCGCAACCAGUACGGCGAGGAGCAGCUGCACUUUGGUGACGUUCUCCGCGACGUGCUGGGCAACGCUGACUCGCUGCUCGAGAUCUACGCUGCAGCCGCGCUGCCAUUUGAGAAGCACGCCGGAUCCGUCAAGAAGACCGCCGAGGCCGAGGCCAAGCUUGCCCAGCUGGUUGCCAAAGGCAACGCCAAGGACAUCACCAAGCAAGAGGCCCUCGUUGCCCACCACAAGGAAAAGCUGGAGUACCGCAUCAUGUGGUGCGCCUUUGUCCGCAAGUGCAUCCUCGACGAGGUUGCCCACUUCCGCGCAAAACUCGCUGAUCGCAUGGCCUCGCUCUUUACUUGCCUCUCGCCACUCGAGGCCGAGCUCUCGCGCCAGAUCGUGGCGGUCUGGGACUCGCUCGCAGCGGCGUACACUCCCGAGUAAAGCACCUUACGAGACGA